AUGUACCCCGUCACCGAGGAGCAAGCGGACGAGAUACAAAACGCGGGAGAGGCCGCUCAGCAAGAGUUUGCACGACGCGUUGUUGGUAUUGGAAAGGACGACCCUGAAGCUCAGGCCGCUUGGCAAGAAGCUCAAGACGACGUUGACGAACAAAUCGGUGCAGACCAGGCCCCGCAGGAACCUACAGCCCGAGAAGACGAACCUUUGACUAAUAUUGAAGAGUCUACUGAGAACGUUGCCGAAGAGGCUGCCGAAGAAGCUGCCGAGGAGCAAGACGCGGUUGCGGAGCCUGCCGAAGGCGAAGAAGCCAGCGCAGAAGAGACCGUGCAGCCAACACCAGUCCCCAAGGGACCGUUGAUGGGCUGGACGCUGACUGUCCGCAGUCAGGUCAACGGAGGCUACGUGGACCGUCCAGAACAGCUGAGCGAGUACGACGACUGGAAACUUGAGUACCAUUUGAAGGAAAUACCCGCGGAAACACGCUGGAAGUUGUACUCAGCGCUGAAGGCGCGAAGACACGAGCUUAUCGGACAAGACGAGGAAGCGAUCGAUAAGAGUCUCAAGCACUACCGUGAUGUCAUCUCGCGCUACACCAACCGUGGACGCAAGUGGAGAGAGGAGCAAGACAAGCUCAAUGACGCGAAGGGCGUGCAGGUUUUCCGGCCGCUUGGCCCCGGUUCAGACGCAAAGGUCGUGUCGUCAGACUAUGAACUUACGAAGGAGACUGAAGGCUCUGACAAGACCGAGGUCUCUCAAGAGCAGGCAGCGGAGGAGCCCUACAGUGAGGAAUCCAAGCCAGACGAAUCACUUUCCAAGGAAAAGAAGGAGGAAGUCUUAGAUGGCUUGCCCUCAGUACCAUCGUAA